AUGGAUCCCGAAUAUAACAACUCUCUCGCCUCUGCGACAAGGCACUGCCUCCUGUCUUUCGAUACGAUGCUACGCUCCCUGAGGAGUGCAUCUGAUGUUCACAGUAGAUCUCUCUCGGAAAAAGCUCUUUCAAACCAGAAGGAUCGACUCAGCAUCUGGGCCAGUAACAUUGGGGCCCUUCAGAGCGGGAAUGGUGCUCUUGAUGUCAGGCUAAGGGGGUUUUCAGUUAUGAAAAGAGCAAUUGUCCAGUGUUUUGAGCAGCUGGAACAAGUGAUUCACGGUAGCAUCGAAAUUCUGCAGGGACGCCGAUUGCCCCUAGAGCAGACGUUUGCAGAGUUCGAAGAGCUGUGGGAUAGUGCAUCGGACGACAACUUUGACCUUGAGAAUAAAGAAUAUCGAAAGACUGAGUUGGGACAAAAUCUAUUGGAAAUAUCUUCGAUACUUUCUGAUCUCUUCAAACUGUCUUUUAAACUAAGAAACACAGCUAGUAGAUCGACUGGGCACCCGAUCUUGAGGGCUAUUUCAUACCAACGGAUGGUGAGGGUUGGCGAGUCCGAUGACAGUUUUGAGGUGGAUAUCUUCAACCUAUAUGCUGAGUUUGAUCGAGCGUACGUGGAAGAUUUAAUCGCCUGUUGGCGCUGGGACUCAUGGCUCCGGGGUUCUCCCCAACGUCUUUCAGCAACCACUCUAGAUUGUCAGGAGAAAUCUUACGACGAUUCGGAGAAAGUAAAGACCUUGGUGGCUAAUCGCAAUCUUAUAGAUCGAUGGAUCAGAUCUAUCACGAACCGUCGCCGUAUGUUUGCUUAUUGGGAAAGACACGCAAAGAAAUUAGCAAAAUCUGAUGGCAAUAUAACCGCACCAGAGCUCACAAUGACAACGCGCCAGCCAGUUGAGGCGAAUGUGAUUCCAGAACCUAUAAAAAGGCUAAAGUCUAGUGAAGGUGGAAUCGCGUUGCACGUGGCGGAAACUUCAGUAUUGUCCAACACAGAACACACUUUAGUCAAUCGCGAUCUGGAUGCUGUGGCUAAUAAUAGGUCGACAGUAUCCCGUAUUUCAACGGCAUACAACAUUGACGAGACCUCUUCGUACCUCCCGCCUGCUCCUGUUCUGGACCCAGGACAGCUCGAGGCCCGAUGCCCCUAUUGCCAUAUUGUCUGCCCUGCCAAGGAGUUUCAAAACAGCCGCUGGAGAAAGCAUAUAAUACAAGAUCUCCAGCCUUACAUGUGCACUUGGGAUGACUGCCCAGAUGCCGAUACCCUGUACGGUACUCGCUCUGCGUGGUUGAGUCAUGAAGCCCAGGUCCAUCGGAGGAUCUUUCGUUGCUUCGAGCAUCCAGAGAGUUUUUUGUCAAGAGAAUCACUCAGAAACCACCUUCUGUUGUCACACCAAGAGCUUGGGGAAGGUCAGAUUGAGGCAAUGGUGGAUUUUGGGCAGGGUAGCCAUCCGGAGAACAGAGCUUCGUGCCCCUUUUGCCUGUCAGAGGGACCUUUUCUCAGAGGCUUACCCAACCACAUGGCAUAUCAUCAAGAGAGACUAGCCUGCUUUUCUGCUACAAGACAGUCACUUGAUCAGGACACAGGCCUUUCUGGAGAUACUGAUUCCGACAAAGCCCAAGGGGACAGUGAUCCAGACCCUAUGGAAUUGCUCGAGUCAGAAGCUUCCUCGGAGCAAUCCAGCAUAAUUAAGGACUCGGAGGAUCUCAAAAAGAGCCGAUCGCAGACCACUCUGACUCUUGGAAAAGCCAUUCGCCAGGCAUUGGUACAAUCAACCUGCCCUGAUGAAGAUGCUGAUCCGGACCCAGCCAUAAGCUUUCCUGCGCCCAAGUACCUCCCGAUUGACGAAUUAAAUCGGAUCAUAAACCAUCAGUCCAUUUCAGAGGAGUUAGAUCGACUAGAAUUGUUCAAAGAGCCAGAACUUUCGAGAAGAGCCUUGGAGAUCCAAGGUGAAGAAGGAUUUAGCAGACAAGAGGGACUAGAUUCUGACCAAACCGACUCCAUGGGUAAUAUUUUCAAACACCCAACCCGGAAGAAAAUCUUUGCAUGUCUUGUUCUCUUGGGAAAAGUCGCCGCUAUCACCCAGGUUCUCGACGAAGGUCUUUCAGAUGCCGACCUUCCAUUGAAUUUAGACCCAGAUCGUGUCAAGCUGGUCAAAAGAGACAGAACAUUUGCAGAACCUAUCGCGGCAUUCCACAACUGGAUGGAACAUGAGGCCUACAUGUUUUAUACCUACCAAUGGUACAUGUUGGCGCCGUACUUUAUCCUCGCUAACGGUGAUGAGCCGGGGAUUACACACUGCACAAUUAGCUGUAUGAUUCCGCUCCCGUUUAAUGCUACCAAACCCAUUCCAAAUAGCGCCACGAGUCCUAUGUGUGGAUACCUCGGUAUGCAGAAGAUCACAAUUCAUCAUGCUCACCAUAGCCAGGGAGAUCUCAAGCGAUCGAAUCAGAAUGUCUUCGCCGUGAAGGUUCUGCGAGAUAUUGAAACCAAAGAACAUGAUUUGAGGUUUGAAUCUUUACUCAACCUGGCAAAAAAACGCCACCCUCACUUGCUGCAACUCCUUCUGGGCUUGACGCAUGGCCGCACAAGAUCUUUUAUUUUUCGGUGGGCCGACUGUGACUUAGAGCAGUUCUGGGCCGGCAACACCCCUGACAAUGAUGCAGCUGACAUGGCUAGAUGGAUAUCAUCACAGCUUUUUGGUUUGGCUGAUGCUUUGCAACUGAUCCGAGACUUGUUCCCUUCAGGGGUACUGCCACAGAAUGACCACAGACUACAACCACCACACAGGGACCUCGGCCCAGAGCGUAUUCUAUGCUUUGACACCAAACGCAUCACUCAGUGUGUACUCAAGAUUGCAGAUUUCGGGUCUAUGCAAUACCACGACGAUCAAGUCCAUCACCAACGAGGCUCUGAGACAUGCAUGGGCUCGGCCUACCGCGCUCCAGAGCUACAGACUGGUGAACCGGCUGAAAAUUCGGAUUUAUGGUCCUUCGGAUGCAUCAUCCUACACUUCAUAGUCUGGUAUCAUGGCGGUUGGGCACUGGUGAAUUCAUUGUCAGCUUUGAGCUCCGCCGAAGAAGAAGAAGAAUGUUUCGGUGCUUAUACUGAUGAUGAUAAGUUCUUCAAGUACGGAAACUUAAUGGCCACCCAGCCUGACGGUGCAGUAAUUGGCCAGGGAAAGGAUGUCCCAAAUACUAUAGUAUUGAAAGAGUCUAUUAAACAAGAAAUAUCAAAAUACCUCGAACAAGGCAAGAGCCAGUUUGUUCGCGACAUCAUUGGCCUGGUCAAGAAAGACCUUCUUCAAGCAGAUGCUGGGGAGCGGGCAACUUGUAAGGCUGUUCGAGAUGGCUUGAAAGAACUACACAAGAGGUGCACCGAAAGUGAUGCGUACUGCAAAAGCACACUUUCAAGUUGA